AUGAGUAGCAAGAUUAAGGAUGCCGGAAUCAAUGGUGGUGAACAGAAAAAGGAAGAUAAAAAGCUUCCACUCCAUGCAAGUUCAAGGAAAGGUUGCAUGAAAGGGAAAGGUGGUCCUUUGAAUGCUUUUUGCACUUUCAAAGGUGUCCGUCAGCGAACAUGGGGCCGAUGGGUGUCCGAAAUCCGUGAACCCAAAUCCAAGACCCGUAUUUGGUUGGGAACUUACAAUACUGCCCGUGAUGCUGCCUUGGCUUACGAUUCUGCUGCCCGCAAAUUGUUUGGCCCCGAUGCUCGUUUGAACCUUCCUGAUGAGGCUCCUACGUUGCCAAAGGAGCCCACAUAUACCCAGAAGGCUGUUGCAUUGAAUAAUGCAACGGCUGAGGCCAGGCAUCGUUUUAUUACGAAGAUCAAAAUGAGGCAACAAUACGAGAAGGAAUGGCAUAUAAGGAUGUACAUGCAAAUGAUCCUCGAGAAACAGGUAGAGAUGGAAAGGAAUCAUAAGCAAAUUCAAGGUGCAAUCUCUGGAAUGACAAAUCUCACAAUUGAGAAGCCACAUUUUGAAGAAGAGAUUGUUGAUGAAAACAAGAUGCAUUUUGAAUCAAAAUUCAAUAGUUAUUUGAACAUUAAUUUGCCAGAGUUUGAUGACUCUAGAAUGUGGAAGGAGGCAGCUUCAACUAUGGAUUACCAAAUGCAGGUGAUUUGUGAUCCGGGAAUUGAUGCUUCUAGCUUCAACGAUACGAUCGGUAUCGAGCUCAAAAACCCUCUAAUGGAGUGA